AUGCAUCAUCAGAGUCGUUUUGUCUUUUGCGGUGUCCUCGUGUUGUCCAUGCUCGGGUGUUGCCUAGUCCACCCCGCUUCGGUUCUCGGACACCCCCUUUCCAAACGAUCAUUUUUUGACAUACAAUGUAAAGGAGUCUAUGACAAAAGUAUUUUCGCAAGACUCGAUAGAAUUUGCGAGGACUGCUAUAAUUUAUUUAGGGAACCUCAAUUGCAUUCUUUAUGCAGGAAAAACUGCUUCACAACCGAUUACUUCAAAGGAUGUUUGGAUGUGUUACUUCUCCAAGACGAAAUGGAGAAUAUUCAAACCUGGAUAAAACAAUUACACGGGGCAGACCCGGGGGUUUAG